UGGUGGACUCGCUCUGUGAGUCAGCGCACUCAGACAGCUCCGAUGGCAGAGCGGGGCAGGUGGACCGAGCAGGAGAAACCAACAUCACCUGUUAGGGAAAUCUAGACCAAGCGAGGACAAACAAAGAAGGAGGAGCAGAGUCUUUGGAGAGCAGGGGUCUGGUUGUGUCUACCCACACACCCCACCCUACUCUCUCAUAUGCACACACACACAGACGCACUCUCCCCUUGCCUCUCCCUUCCUCCCUCCCCGUUUGUCUCCUCCACUCUCUAAUGCUGGUGUGGUGAACAGCAGGACACUCUCGGCUGAGCUGCAUGGAGGCACAGGGAGGGGCAGGGAGCCCAGAGCCCAAUAAAGACAUCCAGAAGCUGCUGAAGCCCUCCAGCUCAGGUGACCUAUCCAAGGAGUUGUUCCACCACCCAGCAGGGGAGGAGGAGGAGGGUGGCCUGUCAGGGCACACUGCUAGCCUGCUGCACAUCACUGAGAAGAGACAACCACUGAGUAGUGUGUCUUCUUUGGAGGUGCACUUUGACCUCCUGGAUCUGACUGAGCUUACUGACAUGUCUGACCAGGAACUGGCUGAAGUUUUUGCUGACUCUGAUGAGGAGAACCACAACGAGUCCCCAGCAGGUUCCCACCAGCCUAUGCUUCCUAGAGGUGGAUACAUGCGCUCUCCCUCAUGGACACGCUGCAGCAAAGUUGAGCCCCCACGAGAGAGAAAGCACCACAGCGACUCAGACACCGCAGAGCCCUUAAUGAAGCUGGAGAGGCCGAAGCAGCCGUGAUAUCUUAUGUGAAACAGCAGCUAGAGAAAACCCAGAGACAGACAGGCACAUCCAUGUCUGUGGGAACACAAUGUGGACCAAGAGGCCCCCAUCUGCCACUGUACACUCACAUAAAGUUUCAUGGUGCUGAGGAGUUCAAAUUGAGCUCUGGACAACGUGUUCUGUACUCUAACUAAUGAUGUUGAGAUGAGCAAUACACAAACUCUCCUCCUCUCUCUCCCUCUUUCUCUCUCUCUCUCUCUCGCACUCACACACACACACACACACACACACACACACAAAAUCAUUGUAUUUUUCAUGCAAGGGGUUCUUAAUGCACUCUGGGGUGCCAGACAAUUUUAAGCUUUGUUUUUGAAUGACAGACAGGGUAUGAGGUCAGCAGAAUAACAGCACCUCCAUCCUUACAGCCUCUCAGGGUGGGAAAUAGCCUGGGCAGUGAGAUUGGUUCCUAAAUUGUGUCCACAGCAUGUGGUCAGAAGUUUAGAACUGGGAUUCACAUUGAAUUACCAGGAUGUGAUUUGAAACAUAAAUCAACAGAGCUGGUCAAAAUAAAACAUUGCUCUGAGGCUAUUACUUAACGUGUUGGCUUGAGAAUGGGACACAUUUUUUUUCUGUUACCUGCAAUAAAGGUAACUUGUGGAAAUGGACAUCAGUGAGGCAGCACUCUUCAUAUCCACCACACGUUCUCCAUCGUAAUGAAGAAUGUGUGUUGUUAUUAUAAUUGCCUAGUUGAAAAUUUUUGCACUUGUCUCACUGGAAUGUAUUUACAGUGCCCCCCAGAAUUAUUGGCAUUUGGUUUAGAUGACACAUAAGAUAAACAGACCAAGUAGCAAGCUAUAUGCAAUAAACUUUGCCAUAGUCAAAUACUUUUUUCCCCCAGAUUGGUUUAGAGAAAUUAUUUCUGAUUUCUUUAUCAUUUAAAAAAACAAAAAAUGACGGCUGCCAGAGAUGCUGCUGCUAAGGUCAUUAGAGCUAGUUUGUGCAUUAACUCGAUGGGUGAUAUUUGAAGCAGCUAGAAACCAAGUGAGAAUUAUAGUCAGGUGGACUUGUGAGCUUUGCAUGAAUGCCAAAAAACAACAAAGUGCCAAAAAUGUUGUAGUCAUCUUUUAAAAGAUGAGUUCAACUCACAGUGAAAUAUUUCUCAUUCAUUUCAUUUCAGCAGCAAAGGCCAUAGCUGAUUACUUGAUUUAUUUGUCUCACGUUUAACUUUACCAGGAGUGCCAACAAUUCUGAAUGCUGUGACACAAUGGAUCUUAAGUGACACUGGGAUGAUAGAAGAAUUAAAGUCUUGAAAAAGUA